GGCGUUGGGCGGCCACCAUGGCGGCGCCUCCCGAGCAGCUGGGCCUAAGGGCCCGGGGCCUCCGCCCUCAGGAGGAGGAGGAAGAAGAAGAAGAAGAAGAAGAAGAAGAGGAGGAGAGAGACCUGGGCCCCGGGCCCGGCCUGCCGGAGCCGCUGCAGCUGGGGGAACUGGACCUCACCAACGACCCCUUCGUCCUCGACCAGAUGGACGUUCACAUCCAGGCCAACCUGGAGGAUGAGCUGCUCAAGGAGGCCCUCAAGUCGGGCGUCGAUCUCCGCCAUUACUCGAAGCAGGUGGAGCUGGAACUGCAGCAGAUUGAGCAGAAGUCCAUCCGGGACUACAUCCAGGAGAGCAAGAACAUCGCGUCCCUGCACAAUCAGAUCACCGCCUGUGACACCGUCCUAGAGGUCAGAGACCCACCCCCGGACCCCCCCCACCCUGAGACCCCCAAACCACCCAACCCCCACCCUGAGAACCCCCCCAGCACCCCCCAACCCCCCACCCCCAACCCUGAGACCUCCCCCAAACCCCCCAAGUCCCACCCUGAGACCCCCCAGUCCUCCCAACCCCCACCCUGA